AUCCCUUGUUCGAUCAUGAAACAGUGCUGUGUUUCGUUUUCUGCCUUUUGAAACGAUUUUGUUAAAGUUGGGUGAAGUGAAAUUUGAUUAUCAGAAGAGAAUAUUUAUUUGAGAAUGUCAAAGUUUAGUUUUGGACCGUCAAUUACAUCUGCGCUAACUGGAAAUACAAGUUCCAGUUUUGGUAUACAACAAAAGCAAACCAGUGGUUUUUCUAUCGCAACUGCACCAUUUGGGUCUACUACUCCUGCAUCUGGUACUUUAACGUUUGGAACUACAACUCCAGCAACCACCACAUGUUUAAGCUUAAGUUUUGGUGUCAGCACUCCAGCCAUUAUCACUCAUACACCUAACUUAAAUUUAGGAACUGGUACAAGCACUGCAAGUUUAAAUGCCUUUCCAAAUCUUACUGCUGCAACCACUCAGGCUUCGGGAUUAACAUUUGGAACACCAGCAACUUCAGGUAACUUGACAUUUGGGACGCCUUCAACAACAGGUGCUUUAACUUUUGGGACACCAGCUACGUCAGGCGUUUUAUCUUUUAGAGUACCUGCAACUUCAACUACAUUUGGAGCAACAAGUGCAGCUCCGACUGCAGGUUUAGGCUUUGAGACAUCUACAACUAGUACACCAUCUUUGUUUGGAUCAACUUCUGUAAACAAUUUACUGGCAGGAAAGUCUACUGCUGUUAUAAAUACAUCUACAGGAACAACAGCAAACAAAGGUCUUGGUGGUUUAGAUGUAUCUAUUAGUAACAAGGGGCUUUCGCAGGGUGGCAGUAGCCCAACAGCAGCUAAAGAAAAUCUGUUACCAAACGAACUAAUGCAAACCAUCGAUAACUUUAAGGAAUUUGUUAAAACGCAAAAGGUUUUGAGUUCUGAUAUUGCUCGUGGUUCUUCAAGGCCAUUGAAUCGUUGCGCUGAAGAUACAGCAUCGCUUAUGGAAGUCCUUACUACAUUAGCUGGUUCCGUCCAAAGGGAUCGCUCUUUGGCAGAUAAACUUAAACAGGAUACUGCUAAGGCUCUGCAGAAUGCAGAGAUAGCACAGAGAACACACGAUACUCCCCCUGGAUUACAAUAUGAAAACAAUGCACCACUUUUAUUCUUCAUGGAGUUAGCAGAAAAUUUUGAACAAGAUUUGAUGCUUUUUAAGUCUCAAAUAGAAACAACUGAAAAACAUAUUGAGACAAUGAUGACCCCCAAAACCUUAACUCCGCAAGAAUUGACCAUGGCAAUGGGAAAACUUCACGAAUCUCUUGUUGCCGUCGCUGGGAGAUUACAGGGUGUACACUCCAAAGUGCAACAACAAAAAGAACAGUAUCUGAAUUUUAGAAAAUAUGUUUUGAAGGACAGUACUAAUGUAUUUGAAGACAUUAAGUCAGAGAGAAAAACAAAUAAGAAUAAUGCUGCAAGAAUUACAAGCGGACCAACACCUUUUGCUCCAGGAAACAAAAGUUUUUUAACGUCAACAGGACUCAAUUCAAGUCAACCACCGAGUUACGGUACACCAAACCCUUUAGUCUGGGGAAACAUAACGCCAACACCUUCAGUGACUAGCUUUUCAAUGGGAACAACUAUGAAGCCGCCAACAAGUGGUUUAAAUUUUAAUACACCCAUCAACCUGACAGCUCCACUGUCAGCAUCAGAAUCAAAUUCCAGUUUUCAACUUCAAAAGCCCCCCUUGGGUAACAAAAGGGGGAAGUUUUAGCUAAAUCUAAAUUAAGUUUGUAUUCGCUACAUUUUUAAUUGCAGUAUCCCUAACUGUACAUUUAAUUAAUUUCUACGUUCGUAUUUCACUCCAGUUGAAAGAGCACAGUUUAUUACAGAUUUGUAAAAUCUAGAAUAAUUUUCAUAUGGUUUUACAGCCUGUUCGUAAAACUAGAAUGCAGAUAAGUGACAAACUAGCAAUAAGCCCCGUCGAAAAAAUUCACACUAGACUAUAAAACUGUUUCCAUACAGAAAACGAAAUACCCGCACAAGUAAGGUUGGAUGUACAUUUAAUUAUUGGAAAACGAAGUUUAUAUUACUAAUAUAUUUUUUCGUUUAACUUUUUUUCUGUCCACGAAAUGACACAAUCACUACUGCGUGGAAAGAAUUAUUUUUCUAUGGGUCAUUUUUAAUAAAUUACUGUAAAAAUGUAUGACAUUUAUUUAUCAUCCAGAAUUAAUAAGCAAAAAAUGUUUAGUUAUUAAAAUUUAUUCGUGCAGAUGCUUCGAAAGUACAGCAGCACUAUCUACUUCAAUUCAAGUAGAACGAAAUAAAAGUCACGUCUAAUUUAUUUUGAUUCAAUUUA